UCAGUAUCCCGUCAUGCACCGCUGUUUGAGCGGCACAGCACGAGCACGACACAUCAACGUGUUCUGAUUCGGGACAUGCAGCACCCGCAUUGAUUUAAAAUAAAAUAAAAUCAUCAACUCGGUGUCGGUUUUAAGUGUAUGAAUCGAUUUUUAUUUCACCCUUGCUUGAGGAACGGCAGCGCGUGUGUUUGAGCGAGAUGUCUCUGGUUUGUGCUAUUUCUAACGAGGUGCCGGAGCACCCCUGUGUCUCUCCUGUGUCCAGUCAAGUGUUUGAGAGGCGUCUGAUCGAGAAGUACAUCGCAGAGAAUGGAGUGGACCCCAUCAAUGGCCAGCCUCUGUCCGAGGAGCAGCUCAUCGAUAUCAAGGUGUCUCACCCCAUUCGACCAAAGGCUCCCUCGGCCACCAGUAUUCCUGCGAUCCUCAAAUCUCUGCAGGACGAGUGGGAUGCCGUGAUGCUGCACAGUUUCACUCUGAGGCAGCAGCUGCAGACGACUCGACAGGAGCUGUCUCACGCUCUCUACCAGCACGACGCGGCCUGCAGAGUCAUCGCUCGACUCACGAAAGAGGUCACUGCUGCCAGAGAGGCUCUGGCUACACUCAAGCCUCAAGCUGGACUGAUCGCUCCUCAAGCCACUCCUGCUUCUCAGCCUGCAGCUGUGGGUGCUGGCGGUGAGGCUAUGGAGAUCAGUGAGCAGGUCGGAAUGACUCCAGAGAUCAUACAGAAGCUCCAAGACAAGGCUACCGUCUUAACCACCGAAAGAAAGAAGAGAGGAAAGACUGUGCCGGAGGAGCUGGUCAGAGCAGAAGAUCUCGGCAAGUACCGCCAAGUGGCCUCUCAUGCUGGUCUUCACAGUGCCAGUAUCCCAGGAAUCAUCUCUCUGGAUCUCUGCCCAACAGACACCAACAAAGUCCUCACCGGUGGUGCGGAUAAGAACGUGGUGGUGUUCGACCGUCGGGAGGAGCAGAUUGUUGCCACCCUCAAAGGGCACACCAAAAAGGUGUCGUCUGUCAUCUACCACCCUGCUCAGUCGGUGGUGUUCUCGGCGUCUCCAGACAGCACCAUCCGUGUGUGGUCUGUGAGCGGAGGCAACUGUGUGCAAGUGAUCAGGGCCCACGAGGCCAGUGUGACCGGCCUGUCUCUGCACGCUACAGGAGACUACCUGCUGAGCUCUUCUGAGGACCAGUACUGGGCCUUCUCAGAUAUCCAAACUGGACGUGUCCUGACUAAAGUGACGGAUGAGACCGCUGGAUGUGCUCUGACCUGUGCUCAGUUCCAUCCGGACGGUCUGAUUUUCGGCACCGGCACGGCAGAUUCUCAGAUUAAGAUCUGGGAUCUGAAGGAACGGACCAAUGUAGCCAACUUCCCGGGACAUUCAGGUCCUGUGACGUCCAUCGCCUUCUCCGAGAAUGGAUACUAUCUGGCCACUGGUGCUCAGGACAGCUCACUCAAGCUGUGGGAUCUGAGGAAGCUGAAGAACUUCAAGACUAUCACUUUGGACAACAAUUAUGAGGUGAAGUCUUUGGUCUUCGACCAGAGCGGAACAUAUCUGGCUGUUGGUGGAUCAGACAUCAGAGUUUAUAUCUGCAAACAGUGGUCUGAGGUGCUCAACUUCCCUGAUCACUCUGGGCUGGUGACCGGUGUGGCCUUCGGGGAACAUGCUCAGUUCCUGGCGUCCACUGGCAUGGACAGAAGCCUCAAAUUCUACAGCCUUUAAUAGAAAUGGAGAACUUUUUAGGAGAGACGUCAAACCGGAUGAUUAUUUUCCCACAGCAAACAUGUCUGUCAGUGAUAAAUUGUGCUUGUGUAUACAUAGAUAUACAUUCACGUUCAUAUACAUUAUUGUAGUGAUGAAUUCCUCAGACAUACAGUAUACCUGACUUUUGGCACAUUAGGGUUGAUUCAAGCGCUCUUUUUUUUUUUUUUUUUUUUUUCUGUCUACCUUUUUAAGCUUUGGUUGUAGUCUGGCAAACUUUGUUAAUGUCCCAUGACUUCUUUUUUCUUAAUCAAUUUGUGGACAAUGACAAAAAAAUGUGAAAUGGAUUCCAAUAAAGUUUAAAUUGUUUUUA